CUCCUCUACCUCUGCUGGAGAGAAAGGCAGGAGAAGAAGAAACCCAAAAUUCAUUCAAAAAAAAAAAAAAAACAAGAAGAAGAAGAAAAAGAAGAAGAAGAAGAAGAGGAAGAGGAAACUGAAGAAAAAGAAGAGGAAACUGAAAAUCAAGCUCUGAAACGAUGUCGUUUCAGGAGGCUGUUGAGAACUACGAUCACCGCCAACGACACCAACCACAACUCACCGACAUGGAACACAAAGUUGGUGGGAGCGCUGAACCAAAUGCUGAAGUAGGAUGGUAUAUCCUUGGUGAAAAUCAACAACAUGUUGGUCCCUAUGUAUCUUCGGAGUUGCUUGAGCAUUUCUUGAACGGAUAUCUCACUGAGGCUACGUUGGUGUGGUCCGAAGGGAGGAGUGAAUGGCAGCCAUUGUCCUCAGUCCCUGAGUUGAUGGCAUACGUAUCCCAGCAAGGAGCUGAUUAUUCUAAUGCAACAGAGCCCUCCAAUGAUGAUGAGUUCGAGAAAUGGCAGAAGGAGAUUAGAGAGGCAGAGGCAGGGGCAGAAGAUGGAUCUCAUGGUGCCUUCUUGGAAGACGAUAACGACAGACCAUCAACACCGCCAGAAGGCGAAGAAGAAUUCACCGAUGAUGAUGGGACUACCUAUAAAUGGGAUCGAGGUCUUAGAGCUUGGGUACCUCAGGAUAGUGCAUAUGGUAGAGGCAAUGAGUACGUCUUAGAAGACAUGACUUUCUUGCAAGAGGAGGAGGUCUUUCCAACUGUUAAUUCUUCUGAUAUUUCUGCAACUGAAAAAGUUAAGGAAACCGUAAAUCUAUCUAAUCCCCCUGCAAAAGAAGAAGAAGAAAAUGGAAACAAUGAGGCAGUGGAAGGAAAGCAAAAUGGAAAGAGAAAACUGGAUGACAAGGAAGCUACGAAGAAGGAAGCCAAUAAACCUCCUGACAGCUGGUUUGAGUUAAAAGUCAAUACACAUGUCUAUGUGACUGGCUUGCCUGAUGAUGUUACACUUGAUGAAGUGGUGGAAGUAUUCUCCAAGUGUGGGAUAAUAAAGGAGGAUCCAGAAAUGAAAAAGCCUCGUGUAAAGCUGUAUGUUGAUAAAGAGACUGGAAGGAAGAAAGGAGAUGCACUUGUUACAUAUCUGAAGGAACCUUCAGUGCCUCUGGCUUUGCAAAUUUUGGAUGGAUCACCUCUACGUCCGGGUGACAAGAUUCCAAUGUCAGUCACCCAGGCUAAGUUCGAGCAGAAAGGGGAGAGGUUUAUCUCCAAGAAAGUAGACAAUAAGAAGAAGAAGAAACUUAAGAAGGUAGAAGACAAGAUGCUUGGCUGGGGUGGCCGUGACGAUGCAAAGGUGUCUAUUCCAGCUACCGUUGUUCUUCGGAACAUGUUUACCCCUGCUGAAAUGAGGGCCGAUGAAAAUUUACAAUUGGAACUCGGUGAAGAUGUUCAGGAGGAAUGUUCCAAGCUUGGUCCAGUGGACUCCGUUAAGGUCUGCGAGAAUCAUCCACAGGGUGUUGUUUUAGUGAAAUACAAGGACAGGAAGGACGCUCAAAAGUGCAUAGAUAUGAUGAAUGGAAGAUGGUUCGGUGGUAAGCAGAUACAUGCGAGCGAGGAUGAUGGUGUCGUUAACCAUGCUUUGGUCAGGGAUUUGGUAGAGGAUGCUGCGCGGUUGGAGCAGUUUGGUACUGAACUUGAAGCUGACUAAGUCAAUUUCAACUACACAGUUUUUCCAUCUAUACAUGUGGUUCCAUACCAGUUUUUCCUUGUAAAAUUCCCAGACCAGAAAAAUCUUUCAUGACGACUUUUGUGCUUUUAGAAUAGCCCUCUUGGUUUUCGUAUAGGAUUUGAAAUAGCUUAUGGCCAUUUGUAAAGAAUUUGUGAGGAAUUUUGCAAAAACUACUUUUACCUGCGAAAAAACAAGAUCGUCUGGAAUUGGGACCCUUAAUUUGGUAUUGUUGAUCAGGCUGCCUCUUGCCUUGAAAGGAUUGAAUGCUAGAAAUUUUUUAUUCGGCUUCCAAGAACUCGAAA